CAUUCGUUGAUUAUAAUCUUAAAAGGGGAGAUGAAGUUGGACCCUCACUCACAGAAGCAAUCAGUUAUUCACGGAUAUCUGUUGUUAUUUUUUCGGAAAACUAUGCAAACUCAAAGUGGUGUUUGGUUGAACUCGCACAUAUAAUGGAGUGUAGAAGAUUUUAUGAACAUGUAGUUAUACCUGUGUUCUAUGAAAUUGAACCAUCACAUGUUCGUUACCAGGAAGGAAGUUACAAGACAGCGUUCGCGAGAUAUGAAGCAGAAGCCAAUAUAAGUCGAAAUUUCGCCAACAGUUUAAUUGAGUGGAAAGCUGCUCUCGCUUCAGCAGCUAAUAUAUCUGGAUGGGUUUCUCGUACAUACAGGGAUGAUUCUCAACUCAUCGACGACAUUGUGAAAGAUGUUUGGAAAAUGUUGUCCCUGAUGUAUCCUAAUGAACUGAAAGACCUUGUUCAAAUUGAUGAAAACAAUAAAUAUAUUGAAUCAUUGCUAAAGAAACAUCAAAGCAUUGGAAUAUGGGGAUUUGGAGGAAUGGGAAAGACAACAAUAGCAAAACAGAUAUUUGCCAAGCACUUUGCCCAAUAUGACAGUGUAUGCUUAUUGGAAAACGUAAGAGAAAAUACAGAAACCUUUGGAGUAACACAUAUACGUACUAAGCUUAUUUGUGAGCUACUAAGGCGACAAGUUACUGAAUCUGAGAUUGUUGGACUUCGCACAUUCAUUAAGAGGAGGCUAACUGGUAAAAAGGUUUUAAUAGCUCUUGAUGAUGUGGGUGAUACAGAACAAUUAGAUGAACUGUGUAGGUAUCUUGAUGAACUUGGACAAGACAGUAGGCUCAUUAUCACGACAAGAAAUAGACAUAUGCUUAAUGGAAGAGUUCAUGUUCAAUACAAGGUCAAAAAAUGGAAGCUUGAUGAAUCUCUCAAGCUUUUUAGCUUAGGAGCCUUCAAGCAAAGCCAUCCUAAAGAGGGUUAUGAGGAUCUUUCAAAAAGGGCGGUUGCAUAUGCAGGAGGCAUUCCAUUAGCCUUAAAAGUCUUGGGUUCAUAUUUUCAUUCCAGAGAUUCUGAUUUCUGGGAAUCUGAAUUAAAUCAUCUUGUGAACAAUGGAGAAUCCCUGAGCAAAAUUGAGAAAGUGUUUAAAGGGAGUUAUAAUGAAUUGACACAACGGGAGAAGGAAAUCUUUCUGGACAUUGCAUUCUUUUUCAAAGAAGAAAAUAAAGAUUUCACGACAAGGAUACUAAAUGCAUGUGGUUUCAAUGCUACUGGUGGAAUAAAACUCCUCCAAGAGAAAGCUCUUGUAACCAUUUCAAAUAGUGGUAGAAUACAAAUGCACGAUUUACUACAAAAAGUGGCUUUACAGAUAGUUCAAUGCAAAAAAAAUUGUAGCCGAAAAGAUCCAGGAGAGCGUAGUAGAUUGUGUGAUAUUAAAGAAAUUCGUGAUGUAUUUAAAAGUAGUAGGGAUACUCAUAAAGUUGAAGGCAUACUAUUUGAUUUAUCUCAAAAAUUAAAGUUAGAUGUUCAAGUUGACACAUUCAAAAAGAUGACGGAAUUAAGAUUUCUUAGACUUUAUGUCCCCUUGGGUAAGAAGAGAUUGACUAGUGUGUCUAUUCCUGAAUAUAUCAUGCCAUUUUCUGAUAAAUUGAGGUACCUUGAGUGGGAUGGAUACCUGUUGAAAACUCUUCCACAACCUUUUUGUGCUGAGCUACUUGUUGAGAUUCGCCUGCCGCACAGUGAGGUUGAACAUCUUUGGCAUGGCAUGCAGGAACUUCCGAAUUUAGAAGGAAUCGACCUAACCGAGUGCAAACAGUUGACUGAGCUCCCUGAUUUGUCUGGGGCUUCAAAGCUCAAAUGGUUGUAUCUUUCAGGUUGUGAAAGUUUAUGUGAAAUUGAGCCACAUGUGUUUUCAAAUGACACACUUGUUACUUUGAUACUAGACAAUUGCAUAAAACUGCAAAGUCUUACCUGCGGGAAACAUUUGACAUCUCUUGAGAAGAUCAAUGUCUAUGGCUGCUCAAGCCUACAGGUAUUUUCACUGUCCUCAGAUUCAAUUGAAAGGUUGGAUUUAAGUAAAACAGGAACCGAAAAAUUGCACUCAUCAAUUGGUCAUAUGAAGAAGCUAGUAUAUCUCAAUUUAGAAGGUUUAAGACUUUCUAAUCUGCCAAGUGAAUUGUCUUGUCUGAAAUCACUUACUGAACUUCGGCUUUCUAAUUGUGAUAUAGUAACUGGGUCGAAUUUAGAAGCCGUGUUUGAUAGCAAGCUGAGAUCAUUGAAAAUACUAUAUUUGAAAGAUUGUGUUAAAUUACUUGAACUCCCUACAAAUGUCAAUUCCUUAUCAUCAUUGUAUGAGUUAAGACUAGAUGGAAGCAAUCUGGAGAUAUUGCCUGUUAGCAUCGAGGGCCUCUCAGAGUUAGAAAUUAUGUCAUUAAAUAAUUGCAGGAAUCUUCGCUUUCUCCCGAAACUUCCUCCACAUAUCAAAGAGUUUCAUGCUGACAACUGCACUUCAUUGGUGAGAGUGUUCACUCUGAAUACUUUCUCAGAAAGCAUGAAAGGAGAGAAUAAGUACAUAUCAUUCAAAAAUGACAUGGAGUUGGAUGAGUCUUCACUCGUCUGCAUGACAGAAGGUGCCAUAUUAACAAUGAAGACAGCUGCAUUGCACAAUAUGUCAAUUGAAAAAUACAGUUUGAAAACUCAUAGCUACAAUUAUGAUAGUGUUGUGGUGAGUUUACCAGGAAGCUCAGUUCCAAUGCAGUUUGAAUACCAAACAACAGAUUCCACUUCUAUUACUCUUGAUAUUACCAAGUUUCACUAUUACUCGCGGGGAUUCAUUUUCUGCGUCGUUGUUUCUCCAUCUCUAUCCUAUGGAACAAGGGAGCAUGGUGGUGUUCAAAUCCAAUGUCAAUGUUUUAUGAAAAAUGGAAGUAAUGUGGGAGUUGUGUCUAAGUGGCAUCAUAAAGCUAUUGAAGAUUUGAACAUGAAUCAUGUUUUCUUUUGGUAUGAUCCAUACCAUUUUGACAGCAUACACUACUUUUUUGACACUGUUUCUUUUGAAUUCAGUGUUUCAACUGAUAGCGGGGAACAGAAUGACUUUUUCAGUAUCAAAGAGUGUGGGAUCUAUCCAAUUUAUAUUUCAGAGUUUCCUACGCUUUUAGACAAUCUGAGUUUUGAAGAGCGCAUACAAUCCUAUUUGCGUUUAAAAAUUUGGUAUAAUUUAGAAAUGCUUGAAUCGUAUAAAUUACGUGAGGAGAAGGAAAAAACUACUCUCUUUGAAAUGAAAUAUAUGCAAAAUUGGUAGUUGAAAGAUUGAUGUGUCCGAUUAAAAAUUUAGUUUAGAUAUAUCAACUUUUCAAUUAUCAUUUUUGCUUAUAUUUCAUUCUGGAGGGAGUAGCAUAUAACCAAGAUCUGAACUUCACUGACAAAUAUCAGUAUUCCUGUCACGGCAUAAUUGGUAUUGAACUUAUAUUAAUCUAAUAUAUUCUUCUUUUAGGUUGCAUUUUUUUUUCUUUCAACAUUAUCCUUGUAAUUGAUGGUGAAAAACAGUAGGUAUUGCCAUGCUUCAUUUCUUUACUUUUUAACUUUAUUGCAUGAAAGAUGUGAAGUUUCAUGAAAUAGGGAGGGAAAGUUGGAGUUUGCGUGAUUGGAGAUGGGUAUAUCCAGCAUGUGUUCCAGUUGUAUAAAAUCUGAUGCCUUUUAAAGAUUUUUUUACAAUAGUUUGAGGAAUAAAAUCCGAUGAUUUGCAGUUGUAUAUCAUUAUCAAUAUUUGUGUAUUGCUGUGUAUUCUAAUUUAUGAUUUUGA